AUUACGGCCACACCUAAAAUACUAUCUUAAGCAAACAAACAUGUCGCUUAUAAAGAAUUUGGUAAAAGAGCCGGAACAGAAGCCAAAGAAAAAGAAGAAGGAUGCAGGAUCAGGAGAAAGCGAUUCCGAUGAGAAGGACAAGCCCCUGCGUCCAUUCAUCAAAACCGCCACCGAUCUACAGCGGCUGAAGCUGGAGAAGCUCAUGAAAAAUCCGGACAAGCCCGUGAUCAUACCGGAGCAGCGUCGCGAGCGGGACUUCAUGUCCUCGGUGCCCACAUUUGUGCGGAAUGUAAUGGGCAGUAGUGCUGGAGCGGGUUCCGGCGAGUUCCAUGUGUACCGCCACUUGCGCCGCAAAGAAUACGCUCGCCAGAAGAACAUCCAGAACCAGAGUGCCCGCGAGGCUGCAGAUGACGCCUUCCAGCAGAAGUUGGACGACAAUCGACGUGCGGCAGAGGAUAAGACUGCUAAGAAAAGAGCCAAACGUAUGAAGAAAAAACAGAGGGCCAAAAAGCCUAAGGAGGACAAAAAGCCACUGGCUAAUGAAGUCUCAGAGGCUAGUAACACGGAUUCCGAGGAAGAGCCCACGGAAGAAAAGGCUGAAACAAAUCCACAGGAAGACCAGGUGGUGGCCUCCAAGGAAUCCGCCGACGAUACCACCGAGAAAACUCCAAACGAAGAGGCAAUAGACCCGAAUACAGAUGCCAUCAGCACAGAAUCUACCGCAAAGAGUGCUGAAUCUACAAAGCCAGAAAGCACUGGAGCUACAAAGGUAUCCCAAAAUGUGGACCAAGAACAAGACAAGCCUUUGCCCUAGUACCUUCUAUUGUAUACCUAUUAAUAAACCGUCUAGAUUAAUAAAACAAA